CGAGCUGUAAACCUUCUUGAGAUACACGAGCAGCUGAGUUACAUGUACGUAUCCUCAUAAUUCAGUGACACUCAUUUGGUUCCUGAUGGUUCUGACAACUUUUCUGCCCUUUGGAUGUAAACAAAAGAGGAAGUGAUGAAACUUUCCAUUGCUGUGGCGCUUUGGUGCAGAAGGAAGGCCUGUCCGUCUCAUCAAUGCAUGGGCAGCAGCACCUUCAGACCGUCUUCCUCCAGGUUCUCGUGAGCUCUGGAGGUGGUGAGCCUUGAGAUGCAAUCACAGCGCCGUGCCUUCAUCAUCUUACCUCAAACAUGGAAGCAGACACCAGACAAAGCUCCUGACGUCAACCCAUCCUCCUUUCCUCCUCAUCUUCACUUCUCUCCUGUCAACCAUUUCGCUCUAUCCCAAUUUUCAUCUUCUUCUGUUUGCUCUUCUCUUUGUGUUCCCUCUUCUUCUUCCCCUGCUCUGUCCCCUCAUCCUCAGUCUUCCUCACCUCCAUGCCACUCCUCUCCUCCUCUUCCUCUCCCUCUUUCACCCGUUUAUCUCUCUCCUCCACUCCCUCCAUCCCUCCAUGUCCUCCUGAGGUUCCUCCUGGUUCUCCUGGCCUCCCUGUGUCUACUGCCCUGCCCCACACAGGCAGCCUGGUUUCGGGUCGGGGUGGUGGGACCAUGGGGGUGCGACCCUCUCUUUGCCAAGGCCCUUCCCAGUGUGGCAGCACACCUUGCCGUCAACCGCAUCAACAGGGACCCCUCGCUGUCCUACGCUGCAACGUUCGACUAUGCUGUGCUGCACGAGCCAUGUGAGACAUCAAGGGCGCUGGAGACGUUCAUUGGCUUCCACACUAAGGCCUCAGGGUACAUUGGACCAGCCAACCCCGGCUAUUGUGACGCUGCUUCAAUGCUGAGCAAAGGCUGGAACAAAGCAUUGUUUCCUUGGGGUUGUGUUGGCUAUGAGCUGGAUGAUGUUCGGAGCCACCCAGCCUUUGCCCGCUCCAUGCCGAGGCCCACCUGGGUGCUGCUCAGCGUCAUAAACUACUUCAGGUGGGCCCACAUUGGCAUCAUCUCUUCCUCAGAGGACAUUUGGGUGGAGACAGCCACCAAGGUAGCUGAUUCCUUGAGGAGCCAUGGUUUGCCGGUCAGACUGGUCAGUUUUAUGGAGAACACACCUCACAACAUAAGGCGAACUCUGUCAAAGUUCCGCAAGAUGAGAGAAAUACGAGUUGUGAUCCUCUGCAUGCACUCGGCGCUGAUCGGCGGCGGAGCCCAGAAGCUGCUCUUGGAGACGGCCUAUGACAUGCAGAUGAUCGAUGGCUCCCUGGUCUUUGUGCCCUACGACACCCUGCUCUACAGCCUGCCCUACCGCAACGUGACCUACCCGGCUCUGAAGAGCAACAGCAAACUGCUGCGGGCCUACGACGCCGUGCUGACCGUCACCAUCGACUCACCCCAGGUGUCGUUCUAUGAGGCCUACAGAGAGGCUAUGGAGAGCGGAGAGGUGGCGAGGACCCUGACGCCACAGCAGGUGUCUCCUCUCUUCGGCACCAUCUACAGCUCCGUCCUCUUCAUGGCUCAUGCAGUGCAUCGUGUUAGGCAAUCUGGAGAGUGGAUGUCUGGGGGAAACCUGGCAAGACACACCCGUAACCUGGCCUUUCAGGGCUUCAGCCACCCCAUAAAAACCAACGGCUCUGGAGCAGCUCUGCUGGACUACCUCAUUCUGGACACAGACGGACUCUCCUGGGAGCUGAAGCCAACAUACAGGAUCGACAUGGAGGCCGGUAUGGUGCGUUUCCUGGGUCGAGACAUCCACUUCCCUCGCGGCUACGGACCCAGGAAGGACUCCUCCUGCUGGUUUACUCCUGGAGUCAUCUGCUCAGGGGGCGUGGAUCUGUUCUCGACCAUCAGCAUGUUCCUCGGAGCGAUCGGCGCCUCUGUUUUUGCAGUCCCACUGAUUUACUGCAUCAGGCGACGCAUCAAUCAGUUUCGACUGGUUAAGGGUCCAAACAGGAUCUUGCUGACUCUGGCUGACGUCACAUUCAUAAACCCGUCACUUAGCAACAAGAAGCUGAGUCACAGUGACAGCAGGACCAGUGGCAUGAGGAGCAUGUCAGACCUCAGCAUCACAUCGCCAGUCUCCACCCAGUCCCCGGCCACCUACGAGAACUCCAAUGUCGUCAUUUACGAGGGUGACUGGGCAUGGCUGAAGAGACUUCCUGAUGGGAUGUUUAGCAGCAUCAACCCCAAAACCAGCCAUGUGUUUGAACUGAUGAAGGACAUGCGUCAUGAGAAUGUCAACCCUUUCCUGGGCUUCUUUCAUGACUGUGGCGUGUUCGCCAUCGUGACCGAGUUCUGCUCUAGAGGAAGUUUGGAGGACCUGGUGCUAAACGACGACGUCAAACUGGACUGGAUGUUCAAGUCGUCUCUGCUACUUGAUUUGAUUAAGGGUAUGAAGUACCUUCACCACCACGGAGUGUCCCACAGUCGUCUGAAGUCCCGUAACUGUGUGGUGGACGGGCGUUUUGUCCUGAAGGUCACAGACUACGGCUACAACGAGGUUCUGGAGGCCCAGAGGUUCCCCUACAUUGAACCACCUGCAGAUGAGUUGCUGUGGACGGCUCCGGAGAUCCUGAGGAUCUCUGGGCAGCCGGGGCUUCACGGGACACUACCUGGUGACGUGUACAGCUUUGCCAUCGUCAUGCAGGAGGUGGUGAUCAGAGGGCCUCCGUUCUGUAUGCUGGACCUGUCCGCCACAGACAUAAUCGAGAAGCUCCGUAAGCCUCCUCCUCUGUGUCGCCCGGUGGUCAAUCCAGACUACGCUCCGUUAGAGUGCAUCCAGCUGAUGAAACAGUGCUGGAACGAACAACCAGACAAGAGACCAUGCUUUGACGAGAUCUUCGACCAGUUUAAGAACAUCAACAAGGGGAAGAAGACCAACAUCAUAGACUCCAUGCUGAGGAUGCUGGAGCAGUACUCGUCUAACCUGGAGGAGCUGAUCCGAGAGCGAACGGAGGAGCUGGAGAUCGAGAAACAGAAGACGGAGAAGCUGCUGACACAGAUGUUGCCUCCGUCCGUGGCCGAGGCUUUGAAGGUGGGCGGGACAGUCGAACCAGAGCAUUUUGACAACGUGUCGCUUUAUUUCAGCGACAUCGUCGGCUUCACCACCAUCUCAGCCCACAGCGAACCCAUCGAGGUGGUCGACCUGCUCAACGACCUCUACACAGUCUUUGACGCUAUCAUAGGAAACCAUGAUGUCUACAAGGUGGAGACUAUCGGUGAUGCUUACAUGGUGGCGUCAGGUGUUCCUGUCCCUAACGACAACCGCCACGCUGCAGAGAUAGCUAACAUGGCGCUUGACAUCCUGAGUGCUGUGGGAACCUUCAAAAUGAGACACAUGCCAGACGUUCCUGUCAGGAUACGUAUAGGACUACACACAGGUCCAUGUGUAGCAGGUGUGGUAGGUCUCACCAUGCCUCGCUACUGUCUGUUUGGAGACACAGUGAACACAGCCUCUCGUAUGGAGUCCAGCGGGCUGCCCUACAGGAUCCACGUCCACCAGAGUACAGUGAAGGUCCUGCGGGACCUAAAUCUCGGCUACAAGCUCGAGUUGAGAGGCAAGACAGAAGUCAAGGGGAAAGGAGUAGAGGAGACCUUCUGGCUUGUAGGGAGGGAUGGAUUUACCAAACCUCUGCCUGUUCCUCCAGAGGUCAAGUCCGGCACCUGCAUCAGCAUCGCAACAAAUGAAUCAAAGGACCUGAAGCAGGUGUUUCACAAAGCGGUGAAGAUGAUCUCUCAUGUCCGCGUCGUGACUCAGCUCUACGCUCCCGAUGAAGACGACAACGUCAUGAUGUCACACCACUGACUGACCUGCAAUUUACAACUUUGCCUGGACCUCCAGUUGGAUUUUAAAUGCAAGGCCUGGCUGUCAGUGCUAAGACUGACCUAUCACAUCACAGAAAACUAUGACCUUUAAACUCUAGCAGAAGUGAUCAAAGAGUGUAAGAGUGUUACGCCAGUAUAUUCCUUUGUUCAUGGGAAAUCAUCCUGAUAUUUCUUUAUGAAAUUCCCUGCUAGCGAUCAUCCACUGACUAAAGUUUCCAGGAGGAGAAAGGGGCUAGUGAAAGUGUUCAGAUUAUCGCUGUGUGUGUGUGUGUGUGUGUGUGUGUGUGUGUGUGUGUGUGUGUGUCUGUGUAUUAACGGCUUGAGUUGACGAGAUGAAGCCCUGUGUGGAAUUAUGUAUAGAGGCUGAGAAGUGGUGACUCAGCAAAGCAGGGAUCUACAGACACUGCCUGUCAGCAGCAGAGGAACGCAGCUAAUAUCUCUCGUUCAUUUCCUCCUUGUUCGCUUCCCUGUUUCUGUUGGAUAUUGUAAUUACAUUUGAGCUGCAAAUAAUGAUUAUUUUAAUUAUCUGUCUGUUAUUUUCUUGAUCAUUUGGUCUAUAAAAUGUCAGGAAAAGGCCCAAAACUAUUUCCCAGAGUCCAAGGUGGCAUCUUAAAAUUGCUUGUUUUGCCUGACCAACAGUCCAAAACCCAAAGAUAUUGAAUUUACUAUCAUAGAAGACUAAAGGUGUGUUCAAACAGAAAGGGAAGCAAAUCUUAACCUUGCAUCAUUCACGGAAAUUUGACCUCUAGACCGCCCCAAACAGCCAGUGUACCACCUGUACAGACGUAGCUGUAAGCUAGCCAGCAGUGGACGCACUGACCGUGUGUGUGGGAGUUUCUUUGUGUGUUUGUGUUCAGCACAGCCUCUGGCUGAAUUCACCAGAAACUCCAGUUUUCUUCUUUUUACUCUCGUCUCGAUUUAUGAAGAAGAUUCAAGUUUUUGCUCAAGUUGAUUAGAACAUCUUUCCAUUGACUUUGUAUGCAAUCGCGACGCCUCACACAUUAAGACACCCAACAAAAAGUCUGAGAUUUAAGAGGAAUUUUUUACUUAAUUCAUAUAUUUUUGUUGUUUUUUUUAAUCAAAAUUAUUGCAAAUUGGGGGUCUGGGGGUUUAAUGUGCCGACCAUAGACCGCAGUGUCAUAAUUUCCUGUCAUAUCUCUACUGUCAGCAUCUAGGCAGCCGUGACACUCCAUAAUCACGGGUUGUUUUAUGGAGAUUUUUUUCUGUAAUAAAUCAAAGGUAAACCAGUGACUCUGGUUUGCAAACCAUUAAGAUUUCCCUACACCAAAAUUAAAAUCUCAGUUCACAGUUUCUGGCAAAGUUUCUCCUCAGCUGCAGCACAGCUCCUCACUUUGGACUAACAAGCUCUCAGAUGUGAAAGUGUGUAACUGAAUAAAUGUGUAGUGAGAUACUGCUAAAAAAAAAAUAAAUAAAAAAUCACGCAGCAAACCUUCCCUUUCCUGGAUAAUUAAGGACUAAAAAUAGUUCAGAUAGCGGGCAAUUUGAACAGGGUUUCCUCCUCCUGUUCUCAAAACCAAAUCUCAGCUACAUCCCAACUGGAUUUGGGGAUUUUUUUUUUCAUCCUUUUUUUUCAUCAUAAACACUUGAUGUACACUGAUAUUUUAUUGGGUAAAUCUAGUUAUGUUUAGACCACCUGUUGUAGUUCAUAUCAUAGCCAGGCUAGAACAAUUUAAAACGUAAGGUUUAUUGUCUGAAACUGUAGGUUUUUGUGUUUGUACAUGCUGUAAUAAUUCCUUCAGUAACUCCUCAAAUAACUGUCUGUUUAAGGGAGGAGGGAGUACCGAGAUCUUAUGUCGGGGAGUCCAGUUUUCUCCUCACUGACUGCAUACUCACUGCUGUUUAGGAGACAGAUUUUUGUACUUGGAAAUUUUUAAUUUUUUCACUUGGGCAGAGAUUUGAACAAACCUCACACCAGAAUUGUAUAUAGGCAAAUAGAACAAAAGCAUCUUGUUUGUGUUGUUUCCACAUUAAAAUCUUGUGUCAUCUUUACAUAGUGUAUGACAUUUGAAUCUAUGCAGGAUGGCUCAUCAUCUUGAUAUGCAAUGUAACUGUUUUCCAUCUUGUAGCUCUGUUUUAAUGUUUUAUUUUGUUUACGGGACCUGAGUUGAUGUAAAUAUGACUUUAUAUCUGUUUAUUAAACUUCAGAAUCAAGCGGUUAUUUCAUCUCCAGAGAUUAAUGUUGUGCUUAUAGUUGGAAAUGAUGAAUGUAGGUAAGAGAUGAUCAGACUGUAUUUUAGAUUUUCCUAUCAACAGCAGUAUUGAGUCUACUUUAUUUUUGGAACCAAACCUGCCUGACAAACAUUACAAUAAAUCUUUUGGUGCUCAAAAAAA